CCGUUUGCUAGAGGAAGGAAGGAGCAGAUGCGGAAUAUGGGUUUGCAAAAACAAAAUUGUAGGCGAAAGAGAGUGAGGAUGAGAAGAUGAGAAUUUGUGUGUGUGCGGAUAGAGAUCCGAUCCUCCGAAGUUGUUCCAAGUAAAGUAGAACGAAAGGGAGAAACUCACCCGGAUUUUGGCCAGUUGCUUGGAAAGCUUUCUCCGUACCACUCAUUGAACUAUUUACUUACUCAAGUGACUACCCAACCACCAUCGCUUGACGCUCGGUGCCACUAUAAUCACGGUACAUUAGUUACACACACAUUUUGAAAAUAAAGUGGGCUCUUAAAAAAUACGUCAUGGAAAAAAUCUAUCUAUAGUACCUGCCAUUUUUCUGGAAAUAGCUUAAAAACUGGUUAAUUACUCAGUUAAAUUACUCGUGAUUAAAGGACAUUAAGAAGAAGUUCCCUAUUCGCUAUAUACUUAAGAAGAUUUUUCUGGAGAAGCUUGUCUAUCCGGAAAUGCAACGUACUGGAAGAGCAGCAGCAGGAAAAACGGUCGUCAUCAUCACCACCACCACCCCCGAAUUUUCUCCGUGUGCGGUUUUCCUCUGAAUAAAUAUCGUUUCCCACCCAUCAUGGAAAUGCAAUUGUGUGAUGCUGCAUACUAACGAGAAUGGUAAAUAUUAGCAAAGCCAGCUGAAAAAAAAACUUGGAAAACCUCUUCACCAAAGUUAACUUAUCUUCAAACGAGAACAAUUUCCACCAGAUGAAAAUAAUCCUUUUGCCUGACUUUCUCCAUGCAAAGGACUCUCCAUCUUUCUCUCUUGGUGAAAUAACAAGAUAAAUAUUUGACAAGAGGCGAGGAAUAUGUACAUGUAGUGGAGAAGCAUACACCUUUGCCAGCAAAACAGGGGGCAUCAAACAACCGUCUCCCAUAAACUUGAAAGAGCGACUCGAAGAAAAGUGGUUCUCUCAUCAGAACUCAGGAGUUGAAAGUGAAAACAAGGAGUGGAAACUACUCCGAGCUGAUGGGUUACGUCCAGAAUAAAUUUAAAGGAUAAAUAACAUUCCAUACAUGUAUGCAAGCGUUAAGGUGAACUUCUUUAGACACAAAGGGCCCAACGUCCGUAUGUAUUUUGAGUGAAGUCUUAAUAACCAAAAGACACCAGGGCUACCCACACAGAGAGCGAAAGAGAAAGCGAAGUCGUCCUUCUAAGAGAGAACCAGAAGAUAAAAGAAAUCCGGAUCCCAUUAAAAAUCAGGAAAGGAAUAAUUUACACAAACCGCAAACCUCUCCCCAUUCAUUCACCACCCGAAACAUCACAAUAAUUUAAUUCAGUUCACGACACGUACACAACUUUUGUGGGGAGGAUAUCCAUUUGUCACCCACAAGAAGAAGAAAGCAGCAUCUCAAAGAAAGCAUGGGGAACAGACCGGAUUGUGCGUACUUUCUCCUCUUGGGGCUAUGUGGAGCAGCCUUCUUGUUGACGAUUGGAGGAAUACUCACCUACGUCGCAUUUAAUCCUGGUUCAAUCGACGGACACCCACAUUCCGCGUUGUCUCAUAUUCCCCACUUUCACCACCACUCCCACCAUCCAAACCCACACCACCCGAGUUAUCACCAUCCCGAAGUUCAUCAUCCCAACCAACACCACGUUGAUAACCAUACCCACUCAGUUCAUUCCAAUUCCACGACCAAUAACGCAACCACCACCAACACUGCGACUUCCGGCUCGUCAGCAACGAAUUCAUCUUUAACAUCAACUCCAAAAUCUCCGGUCGAAAAUUCCCCAGAUCCUCCCACCACCAUCCACCACGAUCAUGACCACGACCACACCCCAACUUACCCCAUCCCCAUCCCCCCAUACCAUCAAGGAGGUCAUCACGACCCCAUCCACCACAAUCCCAACUCAUCCGCCGUCAUGCAGUCGGCCUAUGAAGCCAAAGCCAAGCAGAGUUUAAUUCUCGCCAUCAUCGGUCCCCUCUGCAUCUUGUUGGGCGUCGUGCUCACCCUCUUCGUGGGCGUGUUGGCGUUGAAAUACGACUGUGACAAAGAACCAGAGCCGAACAUCUCUUUUCUCCGACUCAGGUCGGAAAUGUCGCUGAAUUUCGACCCUGACAAGAACAAUUAUGAAUUGUUGCGACCAUCAUCCAGCAUUGGAGAGGCGGGUGGUUUCUUCAGCAUAAAUCCGACCGGAUUGCCGGUAGAGUCAUCAUAGAAAUUUGCAUAAUUUGGAUAACACACAUACUCACCAACUUUUACUUAUCGAGAUUACUUUAUAAAUACAAAUGUUAACCAAGGAUUUUAAUUAUUUUACGUUAUUUAUUCUAGUUGAAACUGAGAUAGAUAAGUAUUGACCACAGUUUCUUAUUAUGUGUGUACAUAUAUUUUUAUGGUGACAUGUAUAAGGCCCUAAUUUACAACGUACUAAAAAAAUCACGACAGUUUUACGUCUUCAUAUAAUUCAUUAUAAUUCCUUAUUGAAUAGAAAUCUUACUUUGUAACGUGUACAUAAUUACUAAAAUCAUGAUGAUGACAGACCUAAUUUUAUACGAGGCAAGCUCUCUCCAACCAAACCAUAAUAAUAGAAAUGUUGGCAUGCUUGCGUGAGAAAUUUGAGAUUUUUGGUGCUAUUCUAGUGAAUGAAUUGGAUAUGGCUGUGAUAGUUGUUGAUGGAAAAUUGACUACAUUUUAAAACCACGACUUUUACGAGUGAACAAUAUACAUUACAUAAAUAAAUGGAUUAUCUAUAUAGCACUAACAAUUAUAUUUUAUGUCAUUCCUGGGCGUGACAGAGUAAAAUACUAAGAAUACUUUUACGACAUAAUUAUUAACUCUAGGAUAAAUAUUAUGACAUGUAAUUCCGAAUUUUAGACUUCAAUAAAGUUUACCGUGUCGAGUUA